AUAAGACUAUUGAAUAUGUUUUCGCCACACUCGUGUCAAUAUUUAAAAAUAAACAUAAUAAAGCGUUAUCUAACUAAAAGAGGUUUCAAAAUAAGGUUUACGUUACACGUUUUUAAAUAAGGCAAAGCUCUUUCACUAAUUGAAAAAGCUAGUUUCUUAAUGAUUAAUAUUUAAUAUGUUUCAUUUGCUGUAUUUUUCUUACGUUCAAAUCUUCAGCAUACCUACCUACCUACUAGAGAUAUUAAAAUUAACAAUGUAAUGUGUAAUGUUAAUUUAUAAUCUAUUUAUUGCGUUUAAUAAGGUUUUUUUAGAACCUUAGCUACUUUUCGAGAUACAUUUUGUAAACUAGUGUCGAAACCAAAAACAAUAUUAUUACUGUGCAAUAAUAUUAUUAAAAUCAUGUCUAGCCGAAUAGAAAUAAAGUGAUGCAAAACUAGUUUUCCUUUGUGGUAUCUUAUUUGAAGAAGGUUUGUUAAAAGUGACAAGGCCUGCCGUCAUGUCCUUUCCAAUUUAAGAAUGUCACAAAAAUUUAGUAGAUACCAAAUCAACAAAUAAUGUUUUAAAUAGUUUACCUUCAAAGCAUUUUUUUUAAAGAAUAAGCAUAUAUUUUAACAUGAUCUUUACUAUUUAUCUACCUUUUCAAAUGUUGUAUUUAUCCUCCAUAAAUAAUAAUGUGAUGACUCAAACCGUUAAUCAUCAAUAAGUUAAUUUUAUUACAGUAUUCAAACGUCCGAGCUAAUGGUGUACUAGUUGUUUUGUGAACGAACUAGUUGCACGUCGAUAAGCCAAAUCAAAUAGUAAACAUAACAGAAACGUUCCGUAUCAGUGGCAUAUUUUACCAAACUUUAAAAAAAUAUAUCAAAGUUAUAUCUACAAGUAGGACGUAAUGAUUACAUAUCUUGGAAUCGAAUUACGAAGACUAUAGAUUAUGAAAGUGAUACGCUGACAUUAACAUAUUUUUUAUCCCCGACGGUGCACCUUUGUAGUGACAACCUUGCACUAGAUAAAUGUUGUUAAAAAGUGAACGUAAUUGGACAAACAUUGGUUUAUUUAUAACAAUGUGUGCUUUAAUAGUUAUUUUCUUGGUGGCCGUACUGGUGACGGUGGAGUCACACGAUGAAUACGAAAGUGCGUUAUUUCAAAGGACACAGUUGUUGGAAAGAGGGUUAAAUAUGAUGCUUGGAAAUGAUUUAGAAUUAAGUGAUGCUGAAGAACAGGUAAAUGAAUAUAUUAUGGAGUUAAAAAGAGAGGAAGUCGACUUUGGUUUUUCGCACCCACAACAUUUCAAUUAUUCGAAACAUUUUUUUGAUUAUAAGGAUGAAGUACAGCACACACAGCUAUUUAAAAUUAUAAAACAAAUGCCGAAAGGUGCACUGCUUCAUGCACACGAUACAGGUAUGCUAAGCCCCGAGUACGUCGUGACACUGACUUAUUUAGAAAAUCUAUACGUUUGCUUUGAAGAGGAGACGGUAAAGUUUUUAUUUGCAAGGGAGUUACCGACAUCAGAUUGUUCAACGCAAUGGCAGUUAAUGAGAGAUGCCAGAUAUUCUUCGGGGAAUGUUGAAAAAUUUGAUGAGAAUCUUAAAAAGUAUUUUACUCUCGUCAUUGAUGAUCACAGUGAGAUAUAUACGGAUAUAAACAUUGUCUGGCAACAAUUUCAAGAUUACUUUAUACGCACCACUGAUUUGUUUACAUAUGAACCUGUGUGGGAGCAAUAUUUCUACGAUACAUUAAAAGCUCUAAGAGAAGACAAUGUCAUGUAUCUUGAAAUUAGAAGUGUUCUACCUGGUCUCUAUGAUUUGGACGGCAACGUGUAUGAUGAAAUGGAAACACUUGCGUCGUACAAGAGGGUUAUAGACAGAUUUUCCAAAGACUACCCUGAUUUUUUCGGUGCAAAGAUAAUAUUUGCUCCUUUACGAUCAGUUCAACCGGAAACUGUUAAAGAAUAUUUGCAGAAAGCUAAAAUCAUGAAGAGAGAGUACGCAGGUAUUUUUGCCGGAUUCGACUUAGUGGGGCAGGAGGAUUUAGGGAGGCCAACAAAAGAUUUUCUUAAAGAAUUGGUUACUGAAGCAGAGGAUAUUGACUUUUUCUUUCACGCAGGAGAAACUAAUUGGUACGGAACGAGUUCAGAUGAGAAUUUAGUAGAUGCUAUAGUGCUCAAUGCUCGCCGUAUAGGGCACGCAUUUGCUUUGAUCAAACAUCCGGUUCUGUUAGAGGAAGUUAAAAAAAGGAACAUAGCUAUAGAAGGUAACGUGAUCUCUAAUGUAGUCUUAAAGUUGGUCGAAGAUACGAGAAAUCACCCGUUGGCUAGUUUUAUUGCUCAAGGUUUGCCUGUGGUGUUAGCUAGUGAUGACCCUGGGAUAUGGGGAGCUGAUCCAUUGUCUCUGGAUUUCUUCGUAACUUUUGUAGGAGUGGCCAGUCGACAUGCAGAUCUUCGACUUCUCAAAAAGUUAGCUUUGAAUUCUCUUUAUUAUAGCACAUACUCUAAUAAAGAUAAAAUUGUACACGAGUUUGAUAUCCGAUGGGCUAGAUUUAUUCACAACAUUCAGACAAAUCAUUUGUGAGAGUAGGUAGGUACAAUUUAAAGCUUUAUUGAUAUUGUAAAACUAAAUUAUUAAAGUAAAUAAUGAGAAACGUUAUAACUUUAAUUCUAUUCUGAUAAAAUUUAAAUACAAUACAAAUAAUAGAGAUUGCAUAGGUAGGCUUAUUAGUUGAAUUGAAUUGUUCUACUUUUUACUAGCUAAUUAUUAAAAUAUAGAUAAAUAUUUUUUGAUAUUGCCAUUAUAAUCUUACAAUACUAUUUAUAUUAUGCGAUAAAAUAAGCUGAUAACAGUUGCGAUGGGUUUUCGAAAGAUUAUUAUGUUUUUAUUGAUUAACCAAAUUUAAACUUUUUUGACCAAAAGUUAAAAAGUCUCCCCGCGUUUAAUAUAGAACAGCCAUUAUCAACAUCAUGUUCUAGUAAUACGAAUCAUACAAAAAAAUGAUUUUUCUUUACCUUUUUAUUCAUUUCUAAAAAAAAUGUUUUAUAUUCUAACGUUUCAUUAUCUGAAAAAACAUGUUUGUUAAUAGUACCUAAUUUAUCUGAUAUAUGUAUUUAUAUUAACCUUAUAGUAAACGCAAAUACUGGUACUAUGUAAACCCUAAAUCAAAUAAAUAUGUCCCGUUAUUA